AUGUCUAGCACCAAAAUCGUACAUGUCCCCCACCUUGGUGGUAUCGAGGCAUCUUACCAAAUGUCUCGACCUUACGAUCCGACCAAGCCAACUUUGGUUCUCGUCAAUUCGUUUACCACGUCGUCAGAGCUUUACCGCCAGCAGUACGCAAACAAGGAGCUGACCGACACAAUGAAUCUGCUUGCCAUCGAGCUUCUCGGCCAUGGCCAGACACGCACUGAGCGCGAAAAUUGGACGUAUUGGGAUACGGCUGAGAUGAACCUGCAAGUCCUUGAUGCCCUGAAUAUCAAGAAGGCUUUUGUACUCGGCACAAGUCAAGGCGGCUGGAUCACAGUGCGGAUGGCCUUGAUGCGGCCGGACAAGAUUUCUGGCAUCAUCCCCCUAGGCACGUCAAUGGAUUCUGAAACCGACAUAACCCGCAGUCUUGAUUGCUGGGACGCGCCUAGCCUAUUAACUCCCUCUAUUGAGAAGUGGACUUCUCAACAGCCCACACCUCAGUUUGAGGCCGAUCAAGAAUACUGCGAUUUCUUGAUCGACAUCGGCUUCGGUAAAGAUGACUGUCCUGCUGAUGUUCGCAAUUUCUGGCGCAAUACCAUCCGCCAGAAUUAUUUAGGCGACGAUGGCCGGCGUCGCCUUCGCAUGGCAGCUAUAAACUUGAGGGAUCGGGAUGGGCUGCACCCGAGGCUUUUUGAUGUGCAUUGUCCCGUGAUGUGGUUGCAUGGAACUAAAGAUGUAGUCUACUCCCUGACCAACGCCGAGCGCGAGAUCAAGUUAUUUGUGAACUCUCCUGACGCGCGCCUUGUAACUGUUCAAAAUGGUGCUCAUUUCUUAAGUGCUUCACAUCCCAAAGAAGUGGACCAGGCGUUGAUUCAGUUUGUGAACAAGUAUAGCGCAUAA